UAUUCGAAACUAAAUACCUCACAGAAACAGAUUCGCCUGUUCGAGUUGUAUCCUAGCAUCAAUGGCUCAGAUAUUAAGGGUUCUUUCCAUUACGUGGAGCUGUCAGCAAAUUUGGAAUACGUCGCCCUCUCGUACACAUGGGGAGACGAGGCGACUUAUGGAGAAAUUCAAGUCGACGAUGGCAUGAACAUCCCCAUUCGAGAAAACCUUUGGCAGUUUCUUCGAUUACAAAGUUCAUCGCUCUCCGAAUCUAAAUUCUAUUGGAUUGAUGCUAUCUGCAUUAAUCAGUCAGAUGUCAACGAACGCAACCACCAAGUCGGCUUGAUGAGACAGAUCUAUACCAAUGCUACAGCCGUAUACGUUUGGCUAGGUUGUGAAUCAAGUAACAGCAAUCUAGCAAUGGACUAUAUAACUGAAAAGGCAUCAAAGAAACUCAAAGCCAAGGGCCUGGGGUUUCGGCCUAUCUGGUCUGAGCAGGAAGGGGAAGCUCUCGUGGAGCUAUGCGAGAGGCCAUAUUGGAGACGGAUGUGGAUUAUCCAAGAAAUCAUC